AUGACUUCCAGCGCGUGCGAUAGAUGCCAUCGGCGCAAGGUCCGCUGCGACAAGCUACAGCCCCAGUGCUCCCCCUGCAGGAGGGCAGACGUGGCAUGUCAGUACGCCGUGAGCGAGCACCAGAUCCGGAGGAGGAACAUUCAGAAGCUUGAGAGGCGUAUUCGCGACUUGCAAGCAAAUAAUGACGCCUUGUCCGCCCAGAUAAGAGAGUCUGAAGCACCACCAGCUGAGAGGGAGGUACCAACACAGAGCUAUGCAACGCCUGCAACACCGUCGCAGCAUGUUGAAAACAGUUCGCCCGGCGAUGGAGAGGUUGCGGAGGAGGUUAUCCAGAUGAGUUUGAUCGCUGGGGGAGGUCAUCACUUUGUUGGAUCUACAAGCGGUCUCCUCCUCGCAAACCUACUCCAAGCACGACCGCAACCAUCCUCCUCUCUCUUGAACGCUUCAGGAUGGAAGCCAAACUCCAUCUCCGGCCUUCACUCUCCGAAAGGAACCUCUGGCCUACCACCAAAGAGCCUCGCUUCCGAACUCCUGAGGGCGUAUUGCAGCCACGAUCACCUCUGCUACCCCUUUGUUUCUACGAAAUCACUCUACCGAUCCUUGGAUGCUGUCUACGAGAGUGAACCUCGCGAAAAGGAUCCCGUCGAUGCGUUUUUUGUGGACAUGACCCUCGCGAUAGGAACGGCUCAAGUUCACAAGUUCAACUGGAAUGGCGUGUACGAUGCGGAAACGCACUACAACCGCGCCAUGGCGAGACUAGCAGACGUGCUCGCCCGAGAUGGCAUCGAGAGGUUACAGGCUUUGCUGCUGAUAUGCCAGUACCGGAUGGGAACGACUUCGAGCAACACCACGACCAGCGUUUGGCAUCUUAUCGGAGUUGCUGCUCGGACGUGUUUGGAGAUGGGUCUUCAUCGAGCGUCUACGUACACAUUGCCCAGCGCAAGUGAUGGCGAUUCAUCGAGUUCUACGGCUAGGGAGGAAGAGAUGGAGACCAAGAGGAGGUGUUUCUGGAGCCUUGUCGCUCUAGAUCGUGUUACAAGCCUUGCUCUAGGUCGACCUCUGGCGAUACAACUCGAAGAUAUCGACGUCGACCUCCCGCCGUGCGCCAACUCGGAUCCCUUACCUCAAGAUCAAGAUGGAAAUCCCUUGUCGUCCGCUCCUUAUGGAACACCUCAAUACCGCGCCGCAACAACCGUAUUUGUCCAUAUUGUUCGCUACCGACUCAUCUGCGGCAAGAUCAUCAACGCAUUACAUCGAAGCACAAAACACACCACAAUCACAAACACCAAUUACGAAGAGAUGCGAGCUGCCUUGGCUCAAGAGCUUCAAGAGUGGCACGCAGAAACGGCGAAUUUACCUCUCGUCAAAGGCGACUCAACAGCAGCAUCACCCGCAAGCGGCUCAAGCUUCCGCUCCGAGGAAUGGUAUCGCCUCCUAUACCACAACGGAAUGCUUAUGCUCUUCCGUCCUUCGCCGUGUCUCUGCGAUGCUUCAACAAAUAGUGUUACUCUUCAGCACAUAUUCGACUCGGCAAGAGAGUCCAUCAACCUCUACGCAAGUCUACAUCGCUCUCGAAAGCUAAACUACUCGUGGAUAACGAUGCACUCUGUCUUCCUAGCGGGAUUAUCCUACAUCUUUGCUCUAAGACAUCACUUCCAAGCGCUCCAAGUUCAAGCUUCGGAACCCACACGAGCACGGCUACAUGCUACACCGACCAUCAAUCAAGUCGUCAAUGAUACGCGCGCAUGCUCCAAGGUUUUAGUAGCAGUCUCCGAGCGAUGGGACUUGGCAAGAAACUGCUCCGAUCUCUUUGACAGACUAAGCGACGCCGUAGUCGCCGAUAUAGUCGACGCUCAAACACCUCCAGCGGUGCAAACUCCACAAGCGACGAGUAACGACGCAAAUGUAGACAUGGUCGAGGCAGUGCCCUUCUCUACAGGACUCUAUCAGCAGACAGCUGGCUUUGCAAACAUGACGGUGGACAGCACGUUUAGGGAUUGUUUUGGAGAUCUACAGAGUCUUGGGUUGGAUGAGUUUCACAAUGAUGCUAUAUCGCAGUUAUCGCAGGAGUGGUUCUUUGGUCUUGGAGAAGACUCUCAUAGGUACUACUAA